AUGUUGGGAUCCCUAGUGCAGAUCCUGUUAGCCCUCCUUGAGGGCACCCCCUUGCUGCCUUCCUCUCUCUCUGGGUGGAAACCACACGGUCCCACCACUCAUAGGCUGGCUCUGUGGGCUCCAGCCCCUUGUUCACCAUCGGUCAAGCUGACAGGCCCAAGGAAGUUUGCACCUGCAAGCCUUAUUUUCCCUCCAGGAGCCUGUGAUAGCAGCUGGUUAAAGGGACUAGAACAGCUUCUUGAAAACAAAGCCUUGUUCAUUCACUCACCCCAGUGUGCAUGCAGUCAGAGGCAAGGCCAGUCCACCUCUUUCCCCUUAGGAGAUGGGCAGGAGACCCUGACUGACCAGACGGUGUCACCAGCUCAGCCCAGCACUGGGCCAGGCUCACUUCCACUUAGUGAGGCUGGUGGCUUCAGCCUGGAGACGACUGCCCCUCCUGUGACUAGCGCUGAUAAGGACGGGGUGGCCAUACACCCCAGUUUUAGCAGCCCCCGCACUGUCGAGCUGGACGAGUCCAUCCCACCCGAUCCCAGCGCAACCACCACCAAGGGCGCCAGGCUGCAGACUCCUGUCCCAGCCGUCUCAGCAGAUGCGACGACGGGGCUUCGGAAUAACAACCAGUCGGCCAACAGCAGCUCAGAGCUCCCCACUCCGGCUCUGGCUGCCAACACCACAGAUGCAAACCAGCCUGGCCAAAAUGGAACAGAGCCCUCCAGCCCCACGGGGCCGACUGGUAACGCGACUGUGGCUCCAACACAUCCACCACCACAAGAUGCGCUGGCAACAACGAGCAGUGCCCAGCUGGAGCCUUCUGCAUUCAACGCCUUGGGGCCCACGACAGGGAACCCUGAACCCACCCCACAAACAGCCCAGGAGAAUGCCACAGAGGAGAGCACCACAGGGCCCACUACGGUCCCUGCUGUCAUGACAACACAGAGCACACCUGCAGCUACCACCCCCAGCACCACCACGGCAACCCUCAGAGUUUCCUCCCCCAACAGGACAGCCACAACAGCCGCAGGGCAGCCAUCAGCCGAUCCCGUGCACGAGAAGGCUUCUGUGUUGGAUGUGGGAGACGACGAUGGUCAAGACCUGCCCAGCUCCGCUGUUGCUGGCAGAAUGGGGGCCGACCCCCUGGUGAUUGGUGUCAUCUCCAUGUUCGUUGUCAUGGUGGGGAUCCUGGCCCUGGUGGGCUUCCUGAGAUACCGGCAGCGCCACAGCCGGAUGGAGUUCCGGCGCCUGCAGGACCUGCCCAUGGACGACAUGAUGGAGGAUACGCCCCUCUCCCUCUACAGCUACUAGGCAGUGAGAAGAGGACCCUCCAUCCAGGUUUGGGAGAG